AUGAAAAUUGCUCUUUAUGACCCAGUAAAUUACGACCUGGACCAGGAGCUGUUUACUUUGGGGAUGAGGGAUACAGUGCUACAAAUGGCUCCCUCAUCUCUCUUUGGGCCCUUAGUGGCCAUUCUUACUACUCACUUAGGGAAACCCAUUAACAAGGUUACCCUUACUGUGGUAGAUUUGGGAGAGACUAAAACAAUGCAGGCACAGAAUGGGGUGUGGCUCACUACUGAGAGGAAGAGCUUAAGGGGCCCUGUGAAGGUCACCAGGACCGAGAUUUUUACUGAGCUAAAGAAUAUAUACGUCAGUGACGCCACCCCUCAGGCCAAAGUCUAUCUCCACCUGUAUCAGCUGGAGUCUGGAAAGUUACCUCCAAGUCCCUCCUUUCUGCUGGAGCCACUUCCAAAGGCUUUUGAACAGUACUUGAAUCUGGAAGAUAACAGAUUGCUGAGUCAUCUGAAGAAGUGUUCUGCAAGGUCCAAACUACCUUAUGAUCUCCAGUUCAGGAGGUGCUUUGUGGGGUGCUUGCCUGUAUCCACUUUACAUAGGAUUUGGGAUAAAGUUGUAAAUGGAUGCUCUAAGAUCCUAGUUUUUGUAGCUGUGGAAAUUUUCUUAACCUUUAAAAUAAAAGUAAUGUCACUGAACAGUGCAGAGAAGAUAACUGAGUUUCUGGAAAACAUGCCCCAGGACAACUCAGACGUGAUUAUGAGCAAGUCCAUCGGCUUAUGGCGCAAACACUGUGGGACCCCAGUACAUUCAGCCUAA